AUGAAGCAGAGAUAUCACUACAAUGUAGCAGAUGCAAGGCUGCGCCAGCAUGUAGACAAGGGUAAUGAAGAUGGACUAUAUAUUAGCUGUGUUGCCUCUUCAGCUAAUCUCUGGGCCCUAAUCAUGGAUGCUGGAACUGGCUUCUCGUCUCAGGUUUAUGAAUUGUCGGCUGUCUUCCUGCACAAGGAUUGGAUUAUGGAACAGUGGGAAAAAAAUUACUAUAUCAGUUCAAUAGCUGGUGCAAGUAAUGGAAGUUCAUUGGUCGUUAUGUCCAAAGGAACUCCUUACACCCAGCAGUCUUACAAAGUGAGUGAAUCUUUUCCUUUCAAGUGGAUAAAUAAAAAGUGGAAAGAAGGUUUUCAUGUGACAUCCAUGACAACUGCUGGCAGUCGCUGGGGAGUGGUAAUGUCCAGGAAUGCUGGAUAUUCUGAUCAGGUAGUGGAGCUUGACUUUUUGUAUCCAAGCGAAGGAAUCCAUCGGCGAUGGGAGAGUGGUUUCAGAAUAACAUCCAUGGCUGCCACUGCUGAUCAAGCAGCCUUCAUAUUGAGCAUACCAAAGCGGAAAAUGGUGGAUGAAACUCAGGAAACUCUGCGCACCUCUGCCUUCCCGAGCACCCAUGUAAAGGUUGGUAUCUUAUUUUGGUCCGAUGCCGGGACAACAAGAGCCAAUAGGAGCAAUGAUGAUACUGAAACAUCAGCAACAUAG